AUGACGACUUCGCUGGUUCUGCAUCCACGCUGGGCGGACACCUUGAUGUACGUUUAUGAAAAAAGCCCGAAUGAAAACAACCAGAAUAAAAGCCAAACAAUGGAGGGACUAAGCGGUAAUUGCCCUGCGACCCACUGCAGGGACCUGAUGUCGCACCCCGCACUGGGACGACAUUCUGGCACCAUAGCGACCCACCAGGGCUCCGUCUACUCGGAUAUUUCCUCUCCGGACACCGGCCGGCAGUGUCCAGCUCCUCAAACUUCAUCCAGCGCGUCUUUGAGCUACGGUUAUCCCUUUGGAAACCCUUAUUACGGCUGUAGAUUAUCCCACUCGCACAACGUGAACUUGCAGCAGAAACCCUGCUCGUACCAUCCCGCAGAGAAAUAUGCCGAGCCCAGCACAGCGCUGCCCACGGAAGAACUGUCUACUAGGGCCAAAGAGUUUGCCUUCUACCCGAGUUUCGCCAGCUCAUAUCAGGCUGUUCCAGGAUAUCUCGACGUGUCCGUGGUGCCCGGUAUCAGUGCCCAUCCUGAACCGCGGCACGACGCCCUGAUCCCCAUGGAGGGCUACCAGCACUGGGCUCUCUCCAAUGGCUGGGAUGGGCAGGUGUACUGCUCCAAGGAGCAAACACAGUCCACUCAUCUGUGGAAAUCACCUUUUCCAGGUAAUAAUAUUUGAUUUGAUUUUUGCCCUGUCUUUAGCAUGCUGGAAUUUAUGUGUUUGUGCAGCAGCUUGUAGGCGUUUAAUACCUGUGUCAUCACAUUAAGAAAGCUAUUUAAAUGUAGCCAGAUAUUUUUACUCUGCUUGAAUGUUACUGCUUAGUCCAUGAAUUUUAUAGUGCUAAAGUGCCAAAUAUCAGUUUACAUAGAAGUGCAGGGAAACUAAACAGUGACCCCAUGACAGUAAUCCUAGAUGUCUCUCAUUCUCCUUAAACACAGAUAUAGAUGUUUUUGUUUGACAUGAAAUAAAUCAACCUAUAGUUUGCAUGUGCCUAAAAAAUUACAGAUUUGUGUGUUUGAGGAUUUGUUUGAAAUGUUCAUGACGGGGUGAAUUUGUUUUUUUUUUCUUUGUAGUCAUAUGAUCAUAUAAGGUCACUGUCAGAGACGUAAAAUAGAAAAGAACUGCAGAGCAUACCUUUGCCCCCUGUUUUGACAAUACAGUGACUAAGCUAGCCUUCAGUGUUUAGAUUCUCCCAAUAAAUCUGUGCGCCCUACUAUCUGUUCACAGGUUUUUCCAUACAGUUCAUACAGCAUACAGACCUCAGCACCAUGAUAAACAAACACCCUCAACCACUGAUUACUUCACCUUAUUAUCCAAGCUUGACAUUUGCUUCACACACUAGCAUACACCAUGCAGGAUAAUCUGAUAAUAGAGGCUGGGGCCCGGACAGAAUGCGCUUUACAGAGUGUUUACUGGACUGGCCCUGUUACCGCGAGGCUCUAUUAUCUUUGUGAGAUCUUUAGGUAUUUUGAUCUUACAUAGGGGGGUGUCCCCGACUGGACAUCUCACCCACCAGCACGUCCUCUCUCAGAACGUAUGCUGAAAAUACACAAGAGUCAAGCCACGCAAGCACGGGCGCGCUGUCAUUUGCGCGUGCACAUGCACAAAACACAAGCGCGCGCUGUCCAUGUCUAUAUGUGUCGGUUUACAUAGAAAAUUACCUACAUAGAAAUUCAUUCACUUCAACAGACGCACAAAAACCAUCAUAUUUAAGAAUGUGGCUUAAAUUUGGAAGAGUGGCGUCCACUCAGGUUUGAAUGCACAUUUAUAAAGAUGAUAUCAAGGAGGUAACGUUUCAAUAUCCUCUUCCCCAAAUUACAAACAACUGUAGUCUUACACCCACAGCCCUGCUGUUAAAAUAACAUAGUGGUAAAAACCUCAGUGUCUCACUGCUUGCCACAUUUUCUCAUGGUAUUGCCAUACUUGUCCUGUCAUGUCUCUCAUUGGCUCCAUGGGUGCAAUCCCUGAACUCUGCUAAAUGAGUAAAGCUUACCCUGCUCAUACGUCUUAAACCUUCACUAAUAAAUGAUUUGAUUACACGUAAUUGAAAAAAACGUGAAUUUGUGAGGAAAAUUUAGUGCGGUGUUUUGAAAUUGUGAACCAAUUUGCGCAACUUGUGAUUUCUCAUAGCCCCACAGUUUUCACGUCGAGUUGCUAUAAUGUGAUUGAACUUUUCCUAUACUGUGUACGUGUACUGAAUUAAGUGUUUCACUCAGAGUAGACAUGUAUAGUUUUAGGCAGACUUAAUCUGAGGUUAAAACACGACGAAGACCCAAUCAGACGUGUUUGUUUCGUAGAUAUUUCCGACCAGCGGAUAUUGACAUAGAGUAUAGAGAAAAAACACUGAUCACUUGCCAGUGAAAACAGUGCACUAUUGUUGCAGCUGCGACUUGACAUUGAAAGUCCAUUCACAGAACGAGCCUUUGUUUUGUUUUGGCCACCUUGCAAAACAAGCGGAGCAAAUAUUCGUGACAUAGUGGAAACUGUGGACAGUCGAUGUAAUUAUUGCGUCCCUGUACGUCAGGUGCAGCACACCUGAGAUCCUGACUGCAACUAAUUUUUGUCGUGACACCCCCCAUAUCCUCCAUUACUACACACACACACACACACACACACACACACACACACACACACACACACACACACACACACACACACACACACACACACACACAAAUCAGAAAAUUGUUGACCUCGUUUUGGAAAUAGAAAAAAAAAGUCGUGCACAGAUUUUGCGAGAUAAAGACAUGAAUCAUCUCUGUGUUUUUACGCAUCGCCUAACACUUUUGCCCACAUAUUCCUUUUCCUCUCCCAGAUGUCGUGCCACUGCAGCCUGAAGUCAGCAGCUACCGUCGAGGGCGUAAAAAGCGCGUCCCUUACACCAAGAUCCAGCUGAAGGAGCUGGAGAAAGAAUAUGCUGCCAGCAAGUUCAUCACCAAAGACAAGAGAAGGCGCAUCUCGGCCGCCACCAACCUCUCAGAGCGCCAAGUCACCAUCUGGUUCCAAAACCGACGGGUCAAGGAGAAGAAAUUUGUCAGUAAAUCCAAAGGCAAUCACAUGCACACCACUUGA